UGUCUUUCAAUUCUGGAGAGUGUUCUGCCUCACAGGUGCUCUGGCUUUCUACAGCUGCUGAGUUCUUGUGCAGAACUCAACCCUUGCGUGAUUUGGUCUUGGUUCUGCAGAGCUGGUAAUCAGAGGGGUGCCUGUGUGGCUCCUGGUGGGUGCUGAGAGCUCAGCUGUGCCUGUGAUUCUGAACUCACACAUGAAUGAAAUCUGAACACAGGGAAGUGAAAUGCCAAGGCUGAGGUACUUAACUCAAAACUGCUUUUUUCUUCCAGGGAAAAUGCUUCAUGAGAUUAAAAGCCUUGUUAUUGAGGACCCAAAAUACUGGCUGGAUAUUAUCUCUGUUUGGAGAAAGCUUCAUGGACACGAGGGGAAAACAGAUAAUGGCUCUAUAGAAAAUGCAUUGGCUCUGAAGAGAAAGUCAGAAGAAGAGACAAAUACUGCAAGUAAAAGGCAAAAAACGGAACAAGUGAGGGCAAUUGUGUCUGAGGAGUGUCAGGUGGGAGCUGGAGAGACCUGUGAGGCACCAGCCAGAAUGAGCAGGCAGGAGUGCUGGGCUGAGAGCAGGACUUGCUCAGAAUUGCCUUCCAGGGGCAGUGGAGAGGAUCCUGCUGCCAAUGAGGAGCUUGGCUUCAGCUUCAGAGUGUCGUGUCGCUGCAGUGGAGCAAUUGCCAGAAUACUGACUUCACAGGAGGUCGGCAGAGCCCUUGGCACGGCGCUGGUGAAGCAGUGCGGGUGGCGUGCAGAUCUGCGGGACCCUGACCUGGAGAUCUUUGUACACCUUAAUGACAUUCACUCUGUGGUGGGGAUUCCUCUUUUCAGGCUUCCAUUGGCAAACAGAGAGUAUAUCAGAACAGCAGGACUGCGGUCAACAGUGGCAUGGGCCAUGGCAUCUCUGGCUGAAAUCAGGGCUGGUGCCCUUGUGCUGGAUCCCAUGUGUGGGCUAGGAACCAUCCUGCUGGAGGCUGCCAAGGAGUGGCCUGAAGCCUGGUACUGGGGUGCUGAUAUAAGUGACUCGCAGUUAGAGGGUGCAGAUGGCAAUAUCAGAGCUGCAGGCUUGGUGGAUAAGAUUGAGCUGCUGAAAGUUUCUGUGACAGCGCUGCCAUUGCCUUCAGAAAGCUUUGACAGCGUUAUUUCAGAUAUUCCGUUUGGGAAGAAGUUCAAGACCAUGAGUGAUGCCCAGCUCCUACCAGAUCUUCUCCAGGAAAUGGAAAGAGUGCUUCGAGUUGGAGGGACCCUGGUGUUGCUGCUGAGCCAGGAGCUCCACAGACGCAUGGAUGGUUUGACCAGGAGUGCUGGAGGUGGCCCUGCUGAGGCCUCUGCUGACAGUGACAGUGGAGCACAGGCCAUGGAUGGUUCGACCAGGUGUGCUGGAGGUGACCCUGCUGAGGCCCCUGCACAGGCCAUGGAUGGUUUGACCAGGUGUGCUGGAGGUGACCCUGCUGAGGCCUCUGACAGCAGAGCAGCCCUGAGUGUGGAUGGGAAUUCCUCCUCCUUGGCCCAGAGGGGUGGAGAAGCCAUUCUCAGCAGACAUUUUGGGUCUCUGCUGCCAGAGGGUGUUUAUGCUGUUAGCCUGGGCAAGACUGAUGCUUUCAUACACAAAUACAGGAAGGUGUCUGGGACUGGGAGCAGCAGAACUGGGACUUGGAGCUGUCCCAGUACUGGGACAUUCUCUGGAACUGGAAGCUCUCUGGCCCUAGGCUGAAGGGAACUGGAAAGCUUCGGGAGCAGCAGGGCAGGACUCAGUGGGGCUCUGCUGAUGCAGACACACCCACUGCCAUCCCUUAGAUUGCCUCACGUUCCUGGCAUGUCCUAAGGCACUGUGCUGUUGUGUCUCUGGUUUUUAGGAGAGGUGGAAGAUGCCAGUUUUGCUGUAUUGGAUACAGUGAAAAAGGAUAUAUAGUGUAUUGUAAUGUGGCAGAGUCCUCAAAUCCUUGUUUAGGCAAAGCUGCUCAGUAUUGGGAGGAGUUUCUGUAGGAGAGAAAGUCUUGGUUUGCAGGACUGCAAACCCAGAUGUGGUAGCCCAUGAUCUUUGGGCUGUGCACUCCAGCUCUUCAUUUCAAAGUAAUAUUUAAGCCACAGCUUUGCCUAUUCUAAUUAUUCUUAGUGUUCAGGUUGUUCUUAGGUGGAGGAUAGGCGAGCCCCCUGAGAUGCUGAGCAGGAAGGGAGGCUGAAGGAGAAGAAGCAGCACUGACAGCUGGAGUUGCAGCCAGUCCCAGGCCCUGGGCCGCAACUCUGUUUUGUGUGUCCUGGAUCCUCCCUGUCCUACCUCUCCCCCUCCCUCCUGCGCUUUUGUGACACCUUUUUUUCUCUCCUGUACCUUUUCUUUUCUCUUGGUUCUUCUGUCCCAUCAAAGUAGGGCUUUUAGAACUGUACCAGCAUUAAAGAAAGGGCCCAAGGCAAUGCUGAAAUCACUCUCUCCUUUGGGAUUUAGCAUCCUUUGUACAAAGGUUGAGAUAGCAAAAACCAAAAGUCAUUGCACAUUUUCUGUGAGAACUAAAGACUUCUUACUGCUUUCCUAAGCCAUGCAGGAACACCAGAGGCCUUUUGGGAAGGGAAAAUUACUAUAAAAUACAUUUCUGUAUGUUUCUGUGUAAAGUUUUUUACUGAAGAUCACCUUAAAGAGCAGAGUUGGGUUCAAUAAUGUUAUUUUGUUGGCUUCAACACUGUUUCUCUCAAAUCUUUUUACUGAGAAAAGUAUAAAAUAGGACUAUAUUAUUUUCAAACACACUUUUCUGUCCUUAAAUAUCUUGUAGUUGUUAAUGUGUAUUUUUGCAGCUGUGAGUCUAUGAUAAAGACUUUCUUUUGAAACUCAACAGCAUUUUGGACUAAAGCAAACUUUGUUAUUGUCCUAGGGUGAUGUUAUGAUGCUUGUAUCCCCAUCCCCAUCUGUUUAUGCUGUAUAUCAUGUUCUGUGCCUUCAAGACUGGCUGUGAAGAGCGAAUGUUUUGUUUUGGUUUUGCUAUCAGCCGCUCCCCCACGGCUGGCAGGACACACAGACAGGGCAGUACAUGGGUGCUGCUUUUGCUUGGCUUUUUGCUUUGCUCUUGCUUCUGCUUUGCUCCUGCUUUGCUCUUGCUUUUUGCUUCUACUCAUUAGUUAGUUUAGCUAAGCAGUCUAAAUUUUCCCUGGGCUGUUUCUCCUUUUCCUUUUUUGGACCCACUUGAACAUGCUUCGGACUGGGACCUGGGAAACACCGAGAGUUUGCACCUUGUGGCUGCAGCAGCUGCCCCAGCACAGGACGGACUGAGAACAGAGCGACCACCCCCAAGAGGGACUUUCUGAAUUUGUCAUCAUUUCAGAGCGGUGAAAGAGUGGUGUCACCUGGUAUUGAUCCUUUUGUGUGCUGGGGGGUGCUGUGCCUGUUAAAUAAACGGGUUCUUUCCACUUCUCUCCAAGGAAUCCUUCCCGACCCGGUUGUGGGGAGGGGCCGUGUGGGUUUGCUUUCUGGAGGGGCUCCCUUUGGAGGUUUUCUCCCAAAUUUGCCCCUAAACCAGGACAAAAUUUGGCGCCCAACGCGUGGGAUUCGAGAGAGAGUGGAAAAAACCCUGUUUUGAGUGCAUUUUGGUUGCCAUUACUCUGUGUUGGUAUAAAGCAAUUAAUAGCCAUGCUUCUUGAAUUCAUAAUGUCUCUUGGGGUGAAGGCUUGCAUGCAUUUCUAGUCCCUAGGGUUUUUUAAGAUCUUAAUACCUCUAUGGUCCCUAGGUUUAUUUUCUUAUCCAGAAAUAGCUCUAGCAUUGUCCCUAAUACAUAGUUUUUACAGCAGAGGAGCAGUGACCAGAAUAGCUCUCCUGCUGGGCUUGGUGGUAAUGAUUUGUAAGAAGUUUAUAAACAUGCUGGGGUCUGCUCCAGGUAUGAAUGGCUCGUGGCUAUGGUUAUGCUCCCAGUUUGUUAGAGGAGGAGCAGGGGAUGUGGCUUUUCAGCCUUUGCUUUCCUUUUUCUCCUCUGAAUCUCUUACAUCGCUAUUGGAGAAUGUUCAGUUUACCCUGAAUGUUUGAGACCAUCUUUCUGGUAUUCAAUCUGGUAAGCUUCCUCUAUACAGUCUGCUGCUUCUCCAGAAUGAGGGCUGAGAUUUCUAGAUGGGCUGAUGAGACCCCUGACCCAGGAGUAGACCCAGGUGUGGAAAAUCGUGAGUGGUGUGGGAAAUGGGAGGAUAUGGGCCAAAUCCUGAAGGAAUUCUCUGACCCUAUAGUCUGGGACUUUCCCCAUGAACAAAUUCAGAACCCAGCUGAGGUGAGGAAAUACCUGAAAGAGAAGUAGCAGGAUGACCCUAAGGAGGAAAAGAUCAUUGCAGUGAGCCGGGCCCUGGCUUGUGCUUAUCGCACAUUGCUAGAUACUGUCGGGCAGCAGACAGAGG